ACAGGGAGGGCUUGAGCCCCGAGUGGCACCGCUCGCUCGAGCCAAUGCGGCAAGGUGACAGCUCUCUCGAGCAAGCCAUCACCCAAAUCUGUGGGACGCUUGCUCAAGUGAGCCCUUGCGCUCAAGGCCCGAGCCAACGCUGCUCGCUGGAGCCAACGUGGGGAGGGCUCGAGCCCUGAGCCAGCACGGCUCCAGCGAGCAAUGCUGUAAUUCAGACCUCCGGAAUUGUCUUCCAUGAUUGCAACAUGUUUGGCUUGCUUGAAAUGCCUGAAGUCACCGUUCCCUUUCUUUUCCGGUUUGAAUCGAAGGUAAUAGGAAGGGAGGUCUGAUCUUCACUUUGGGCUUUGAACUUUGAAGCAUUUGGUUAGCAUCCUAAACAAGCUGUGGGAACGGAUUGGAUUUUUAAUCUUAUGUGCUUUGGGAGAACACUAAAAGGACUACUUGAAGAACUGCUUUAGGGGCUGUUCUUUUCGUCCUCGAUUUUGUUUGGUACAAUGUUGACAUUUAGCUUCAACCAGGCUUUUUCUACGAUUCAGUUGGCUUGAAAACAGAAUCAUGUCUAUUGCGGAUCGUUGGAAGUUACUUCUCAUGGAAAUUGUUGAAACACGGAAAAUUAGUUUCAUCCUUGAUACAUCUCACCUGGUUUAGAACUCUUGUUUGCAUUAACAUUGAAUCAGUCAUCUUUUUCUUCGACAUUUGUUUCUUUUUUUGAAAGGUUUUUGUUAUCUAUGACGCAUGCUAUGGCUAUCGUGGAUUCGAUUUUUUCCUGUUUGUGUACUUGAGCUUGGUUUGGUCUUUGGUUAUUUCUCGUCACUACAAUUGUUUUUUUAUUCUCACUUGACCAGUUUCUACUUGCUUGCUUGACAUUUUGUAUUUGCUAGUUGCACAGUUCCAUUGACUUUGGCAUUUCCAAAAUCUUAUGCAUCUCCAAAAAUUGGAUAAUGUUGUUUGGGCAAAAUUCAAGAAGGAUGGAUUUCCUCAGUAUCCUGAGCUAUGUAUUGUAUUUGGUGGUACAUAUGCUAAUGGGGAUCACGCCACAGGAAAUGCUAAAGAUUUGAUGGUGUCAGAGGAAGAUGACAAUGGUGAUGGCAAUGUAGGCGGUGACAAUGGUGGUGGCAAUACAAAUGACUUCAAUGAACACCCCAUUGAUGAGAGAGUCUUUACAUCUGACAAUGUUGCAACUUCAGUUCAUGGAAAGUACAAAUUGGAUAAGACUCUAAAUCCUAAGAGGAGAAGAAAGAGUAACCCAUCAGGUAUUGUUGACACUUGCAAAGCCAGACAAGAUCUUUUAAAAGCUAGGGCAAGUCAAUUUGUUAAUGGCUUUAUGACCUCAGGGCACCACCACCUAUAGACCCUUUCUUCGUAACUGCUGUAAUUGAUGUCCUAGUUAGUAUGCAUGAGCUCGAGCAAGAUCUUUACAAUAAAGCAAUGGAACGAGGAUGCAUUAGUGCCUGAUGGAGGGAGGCUUUCAUCAAAUCCCCACCUAAAAGGAGAAAUUGACUUCUUCAAUGUCUUUAGUUGAUGUUU